AUGUCGAAACCGACGCCUGCAAACGGGGCUUCGCACCACACAGCAGAGACGUUCCGACCGCUGCUUAAGGCUCUCUCGCUCGCGGCGUCGGUCAACGCACAAUCCGGUGAACCAAAUCACCCCACGGGCACCUCUACCAUCUCGCACACCCAGCUCGAGCACAUUCUUCAGCACCUAGCCGACCCCAACUUCACCUCGUCGCGCGAGAACCAUGCGCAGAUCGGCUCGGCCUUGACGUGUCUCAAGUUCUGCCGCCUCGACAUCCAGGCAGAAACAUUCGCGCUUGCUGCCAAGAUCUUCCUCGACUGCUGCCUCGACGUCUACGUUCCGCCGCUCGACAAGGAGAACGAAGAGUAUGCGCCAGCGGCGUCCACAGCGAAACCGAUCGAGUACCGCGGCACGCUUGAUCUUGUCGGCACCGGAGGGGAUGGCAAGGACACCUUCAACGUCUCCACCACCGCCGCCAUGGUCGCUGCGGGUGUCAAGGGCGUGCGCGUGUGCAAGCACGGUGCCAAAGCCUCCUCAUCCACCUCGGGCUCGGCCGACUUGCUCAUGUCGCUCGGCAUUCCGCUUCUUUCGCUGCCAGCUUCGCAACUACCCUCGGUCCUGCGCAAGUCCAAGUUCUCCUUCCUCUUUGCACAGCUCUACCAUCCAGCGCUCGCUCCGCUCGGUCCCAUUCGAAGAUCACUUGGAUUCCCCACGAUCUUCAACGUGCUGGGUCCGCUCAUCAACCCGGCCAAGCCCGAGCGCUGCAUCCUCGGUGUACACAGCUACUACCUCGGCCGCAUCUUUGCCGAGGCGCUGGCCAAGCGCGGCACGCAGCGUGCCUGGAUCGUGUGUGGCCAGGAAGGACUCGACGAGAUCAGCCCGGCAGGCAAGACCGACGUCUGGGAGCUGAACAACGGCCAGAUCAGCGAGUUCGCCGUUGAUCCGAGCGAUUUCGGCAUUCCGAGCCAUCCGCUCGAACACGUCGGAUCGUACUCGGCGGACGAGAAUGCGGCGAUCGUGCUCAAGAUGUUCUCGACCAAGGAUGUGGCCACGCUGCCGGCGGAGCCGCUGGCGCAGAGCGUGCUCUUGGAUCCUGCGGCGUUCCUCGACUUUGCACCCGAGACGCUCGUGCACGUGCGCUCGCUGCCCUCGAUCCCACGCGGCGUGCGACUGCAGGCGGUCAAGGACUACACGCUGCUGCAGACGGCAGCGCUUCUGUACGUCGGCUCGUACGCGGAUACCCUCCAACAUGCCACCGAGCUUGCCAAGCACAGCAUCGAGUCCGGAGGCGCGCUCAGGGCCUUGGAGACGUUCCGCGACGAGUCGAACCUCAGCAUCGCGCGCAACGAGCUCGACCAGCUCGAACGCGCCAAGUCGCCCCAGCAGAAGGACGCCGUCAAGGAUGCGCGCAAGUCGAUCGAAGAAAGCGUGCGCAACCAGGACCAGUACUCCUAUCUCCCCGAAAUCAGGCAGGAUGCUGCCGUCGGUACAGACGACUAG